UGCUGAGGAGACGAGCCUGAGGCACGGAGGCUGAGGCGAGCUAGACGCCAGGACAGCCCAGGGUGCUGCAGCGCGGCGGGAGCCCGUAGCCAGAGCAGUCCCGGAGCAGAAACAGCCGCCGCCGCCGUCCGCGGAGUCCAGCCGAACCGGCCAUGGCGUUGUCGAUGCCGCUGAACGGGUUGAAGGAGGAGGACAAAGAGCCCAUCAUCGAGCUUUUCGUCAAGGCUGGCAGUGAUGGUGAAAGCAUAGGAAACUGCCCCUUUUCCCAGAGGCUCUUCAUGAUUCUUUGGCUCAAAGGAGUUGUGUUUAGUGUCACAACUGUUGACCUGAAAAGGAAGCCUGCAGACCUGCAGAACUUGGCUCCGGGGACCCACCCACCAUUUAUAACUUUCAACAAUGAGGUCAAAACGGAUGUAAAUAAAAUUGAAGAAUUUCUUGAAGAAGUCUUAUGCCCCCCCAAGUACUUAAAGCUUUCACCAAAACACCCAGAAUCAAAUACUGCUGGAAUGGACAUCUUUGCCAAAUUCUCUGCAUAUAUCAAGAAUUCAAGGCCAGAGGCUAAUGAAGCUUUGGAGCGGGGUCUCUUGAAAACACUGCAGAAACUAGAUGAAUAUCUGAAUUCUCCCCUCCCUGAUGAAAUUGAUGAGAAUAGUAUGGAGGACAUCAAGUUUUCCACACGUAAAUUUCUGGAUGGCAAUGAAAUGACUCUAGCUGACUGCAACCUGCUGCCCAAGCUGCACAUUGUCAAGGUUGAAAUAGCNGUGGCGAAAAAAUACCGCAACUUUGAUAUUCCCAAAGGAAUGACUGGCAUCUGGAGAUACCUAACUAAUGCCUACAGUAGGGAUGAGUUCACCAACACCUGCCCCAGUGAUAAGGAGGUUGAAAUAGCAUACAGUGAUGUAGCCAAAAGACUUACCAAGUAAAAGAGCACUUACGAGAGAAAUGUCUUCACAUCUUCCCCUAAGAACAUACUUUUCCUAACAGACUGCUCCUCUUCCUAGAAAGUAGAAACUUUAUUUGGCACGAACAUGCAGUUAUUCCAGAUUAGGAUAAAGGAUAGACAAGGUGUAGUAGCUGUCUUGAAAUAUAUAUACUCUCUAAACAGUAUUAUUUUAAAAUUCCUUUACCCUGACUAUAUCCCCUAGCCCGUAUCCUCCUUUCCUCCAAUUUGGAGACGCUCCAUCACAGACUUUCACUUUAAAGGUAGUUUGCCAUCUCCCUGGAGCCUUCAUCACUGGAGUCCAUUCACUGUGUGUCGAUGACAGAACUUUUGAGGUGCACUGUUCAACUGUUAAAAUAGUAACCGUAAAAAAAUAAAAAAAAUAAAAUAGUAACCGUGACCCCUUCAGUCAGGCCCAAACUGGUGCAUAAUGCAUGGUACAAGGAAUAUUUAUGUAUUUUUGGAGUUUUAUAAUAUUUAGUAAGAGUAUAUUAAAGGACUGCUACUGUAUCAAAAUAUUCUCUUUCAGUUUAGUCUAUCCUGGAUAUGUACUAAAGGAUGUUACCACCUGAGAAGAGUGCUUUUACAGAAAGUCAGUGCAGAUUUUGUUAUUUUACUCUGUACAUGGGUUUUUACUUUUGCCUAAAAGCAUUUUUCUUUCAUACUAAUGAUAACAUCUGACACUACUUAGAAGCUGAAAGUUUAGAGGGAAGGAUGGUAUUUUCAAGAUCUUCUCAAGCAUAUAUGUAUUUUGUCCAGUGACAUUCAUUUGGAACAUUAUUGAUUUCUUCCUUUAUUUUAAAAGUGCUCUUUUUUAAGGUAAGCAUCAGCCUUGCUGUCUAUAGAUCUUUUGAGCAACACUAUGUAAACUGUUAUUUAGUUCAUUUAGCUCUAGCAGUACAGUGAUUAGUAAUAUAAAAGUUAACCUAAGGAAUAUAGCAUGGGUUUGUCAAAAUAUCAGGCAUAUUUAAUGUGGAUAAUCUAGAGUGCAGUAUAAAUCAUAUAUUAAAAACAAGAUAAAACAAGUUAUUAUUCUACCCCAUUUACUGUUAGACUUCAGGUAGAGGAUGGUUCACUCCUUUUGGACUAAAUUAUAGUUGUGAUGGUGACUUCAUAUUUACUGCAGUUUUGCCUAAUCUCAAUCAUUGCAUUUCCUUCAAUUAAAUUUUUCUGAAGCUACAUUGAGGAAUAGCACUCUGCAUGUUUGUUUCUUAAACUGAAGUCCUAAACCAGGAAUUUUUUUGUGUUGUAACAAGGAAGGAUAAACAUGAUGAAAAUAAAACUUUGUUAAGUAUUUAUUCACUUAAAAGAAGGAAAAAAAUGACUUUCUGUGUACUACUCCAAAGACUGUGGUUGUAACUGUAGUUAAUGUUUUUGGUCAUUUUUAUACCUAACUUGUUUAAGAAGUGCUAUUUCUCAUAGGCUGUUUUUGGAAAUUUUAAGUAUAUUGCUUUAAAAUGGCAAUGUUUUUUUUCCCUACGAUAUGCUAACAUUUAGUAAACACUGGCUUUAAGGAAGCAGCCUGAUUUUUUAUAAGCAUUAUGCAUUUAUUUAAAUCUAUCAGUAAUUAGCUUGGUGUAGAAAGAUAAGAAAAACUCCAUAUUGUAUCCAUUUGGCUCAGGGAGAUUUCUUUGCUUUACCUUUUUUAGAACUCCUUAUUGCUGAACAAAGUUAGGGUACCCACCAUUUUGUAAUAAAGUAUUGGGUGAUGGCUUAUCUUGUUCCAGAAAGAAGCAGUAUCAGGUUAUAUGUUGAGAAAUUCUAUGGCAGCAGCUUCCGUGGGUGAGUUGCAUCACCUCUGCAUCAGUACACAGACAGCCAUAUUCACUUCUCACUUACUUGUACAAUAGGACUGACUUGGCGUCAGGUGAUAUCGAAUCUUGCCUCAUAGCUUAAAGCAUAAUUCAGGAGAAGCAGGGUGUCUAUUUCAGGUGAACGGUGGACUGAGUGAUGCAAGGUAGAGGGCUAAUGAGGACAGGGCCACAGUCCUCAAAACAGGGAUGAAGAACACAUUCUGAAGUUCAGUUGUGAAGAGUUUUCCACUUUGGAUAUUUAUUCUCUUCUUCUUUUUAAAAAAUGUACCCCAUGAUUACACUUGGCUGUCUCUCUAGAUAUCCAAGGAAGGGAGGGUCUAUCUGUUAUAAUUUUGAUGAAGGCAGAGUUAUGUUUCUGUCAAAAGACAGAUCUUAUUACUUAUCAGGAAAGUUAGUCAGAUGAGACUGAAAUUGGCAAAUGGACCAAAGCUAGUAGAAGACAGUCCUGGAACAGACCUUUCCCCCGUCUCACACUGUGGAGAAGUCACAGCUCAAAGCCUUGGGAGACUCGAAACAUGAAAGAUUUUCAUGGCAGCUCAUGUAGUGUAUGGGUUGACGUAAUAGAAAUCAUCUGAUAUUAUUUCUAUAACUACUGAAUCAUUCCCCCCUUCAUUUAAACCCCUUUUGUUCCACUUAAACAAGAUAAGAGUCUGAAUGGAAGAUCUUACAGUUUCCAAGGGAUUCUGAGAAAUUUUUGUGUUCAACAUUUGAAAGGCUGUCUACCGUUUCAGUUGAUAUAACAUCCCCCUUUAAAAAAAAAAAUAGAUGUGGAUUUUCUGUAUAGUUCUGUUAUUUUCUUUUACCAAGAUUGUUGACUUUUGUGAUAAAAUUCAUACAAGAUUUUAUUUCUUGGUAACUUUGGCUUAUACAACUAUCUUUAAACCCUUGAGCAAUCUGUAUACAAUGAAGAGGUUUCUGACAGUUUAUUCUUACACUCAUUUGUUUGACUUUAGAAUUUAGGCACGUUUACUUCUGUUGUUUUGAAUCUCUUUAGAGCUGUGUGUAGAUAGCCUUUAUUUCUGUGCAUUUAAAAUAAUCCAUUUAGAAAAUAUCUACAUGGUAAAAAUGAGAAGAAAUAGAAAUGUAUUUUUUCAUGAACAUUUUGAUACACAUUUCAUCAAAUUUAUUGAUUAACCAAUUUCUUACACUGGUUAUAAUCAGUAUUUGAUUCAAAGAGAGGGAAGCAUUCAUUAUUGUUAUUACUGUAUCAUCAUUUUUAUUCCAUCCUUUACAAAUUACCAAGGUUGGGGCUGUCAAAAUUAUACUACUAUUAUGGAAAAAAAUUUCAACUCCCCCAAACCAUAAUGUUGAACAGAAUUGAAGUAUUUUUUUUUAAUUACUUGAAAAGGAAAAUGAAAGCUUAUUAUAGAAUGCUUGUAUUUUCUUUUCUCUCUGUGGAACCAGUAUAUUGCUGGCAGCUAUUGUAUUAAAAAAUAAAGUAUAUUUUCACUAUCAUAAAAGGUUCUUUCUUCCCCCCCCCUCAUGAAAAUAAAUAACAAUUUGGGGUAAAAAUGUUUA